AUGUGUGGCACUGAGUACAACGUCUGGGUCAAGGCGCUGGGUCAGCAGUACAACAGCUCUGACAGCACAGUGGUCUCGCUUACAUCAGCUCCAUGUCUGCCCAGAGAGGUAGAGAUAGAGGUGGACUGUAUUCAUGAUGGCGCUGCCGUUGUGUCCUGGAAUGCUACUUAUGGCGCAGCAAACUUUUCCCUGACAGCCAUGGUCAGUGGAAGUCUUCUGUCACUGUGUGAAACUCAGCAGAACAGCUGUAACGUGACGGGUUUAAGUUGUGGAGAAACCUACAACCUCAGCUUCACCGCCAGCAACGAACAGUGCAGCCUCAGUGCGCCGAUGCACGCUAACCUCACAACGCGUCCUUGUCCUCCUCAGGGUGUAGAUGUGUCCCUGCAGUGUGGCUCCCACACCGCAGUCCUGUCCUGGGAGGAGAGGUCUGAUGUUGAGCUGUACGUAGCUAACGCCAUCAAGACAUCAGGAGGGCCGGUGCAGACGUGUAACUCUACAGGCUCUACGUGUCAGUUUGCCAGUCUGGACUGUGGAGAGACGUACAACUUUACCGUAACAGCAGACAGUCAAGGCUGCAGGAGCCAGGCCAGCAGCACCGUGUCCAUCCAAACAGAGCCUUGCCAGCCUGUGAUUGUUUCCGAUCAGGUGCUCUGUCAGAGUGAGCAGGUCCAGAUCUCCUGGUACCAAGCAAGUGGUGUCGUGAAUUACUUAGUAACGACUACUGGGAGCCUUGGAUACGUGAAGAUCCACAACGCAACCCAGAGUAUUCCAGCAGCUACUUUACCAUGCGGACAGGACUACAAUGUGACUGUACAAGCAAAAGGCAGUGACUGUGACAGCAUCCCCAGCAGCCCCGCCUUCUUCAAAACUGCACCAUGCCCCCCCAGCGAUGUGACGACCUAUGCACAGUGUGAGUUUAACAUGGGCUCAGUCAGCUGGGGGUCCAGUGAUGGCGCUGAAACAUAUGUUGCUGUAGCAACUGGGCUUGAUGGCCACGCCCACCAGUGUCUCACCAACAGCACCGACUGCAGCUGGAACGACCUGCAGUGUGGAGAGGAGUACACUGUUGUAGUGAGGGCAAAGAAUGGCAACUGCACAAGCCUGCCUAGCAACAGCUCCAUAAUCUAUAUGGAUUCCUGUGUGCCCCAGAACUUGGCUGCCACUGUGAAUUGUGAUAUGAGAGUGGUCUCACUGAGCUGGGAUGGCAGUAACGGGACAAAUGUGUAUAUGGUAUCAGGCGAGGCAGGAAACGAAACAACUGUUCUCACCACUAAUGUCACCACGGCCCACUUCUCUGGCUUUAGCUGCGGACUAAACUACAGCCUCACAGUCACACCUCAAAACCAGCACUGUCCUGGAAACUCCAGUGCAUCGGCUUCCAUACAGACAUGGCCGUGUCCACCUGUAGGAGUCUCCACCAGGCAGGACUGUCUCUCUGGCAUCGUCAUGGUAAUGUGGCAGGCAACUAAUGGGUCCGACUACUACACAGCGGCAAUGCAGACUGACACUGGCAUCUCCCCCAUGUGCAUGUCCGACUCUAAUGGAUGCAGCGUCCCGGGACUCACCUGCGGGCAAAACUUCUCCGUGUCAGUCACAGCCUCCAACCAGCAGUGUAACAUCACCUCCAGUCACACCACCAGUCUGCAGUCAGUGCCAUGUGUUCCCACUAAUGUCUCUGUGGUGAUGGACUGUGAUAACAACACAGCUGUUGUGUCCUGGACCGCCAGUCAGGGGGCUGUACAGUACUCAUUGAUGGCCCACAGUAGUCAUAACAACGUCAGCUGUCAAACCUCUAGCCUCAACUGUAGCCUUGACAACAUCACCUGUGGCAACAGCUACUCUGUUCAGGUGGUUGCUAUGGAUGACAACUGCUCCAGUAUCCCCAGCCAGGCUCUGAUAUUCAACUCAGCGCCCUGCCCUCCUCAGAACGUGAGUGCUGAGGUUGACUGUUUGUCAAACGACCUGAUGAUUUCUUGGGAUGCCGUCAGAGAAGCAGACCACUUUUUGACAUCAGUAACUGCAGACAAUGGAGUAACCAUCGGUGGCUGUAAUACCACAAACACUGCAUGUUCCAUCAGAAAUAUGACAUGUGGGAAAACAUUCAGUGUUCAUGUCACCUCCAUCAGAGGUGCCUGCAGAAGCCAGCAGAGUCAGGCCUACAGUAUCAUGUCAGCUCCCUGCCAGCCUGAAAGAAUUAGUGGCAGGCUCGAUUGUGUGACAAAUUCUGCCUGGAUAUCAUGGAACGCUGCUCCAGGGGCAGACAGCUAUGCUGUGUCAGCUGUAGGUGAAGACAACUAUAUAGGCAACUGCACCUCUUCCUCCAACACAACCUGUGAGGUGGAAGGCCUGGCCUGUGUUUCACUAUAUAACUUCAGUGUUAUUGCUAAAAACAGCAAAUGUGAGAGUCAGCCAAGCACCACGAUCGACCUGCAGACAGCUCCCUGCACCCUCUCUGGUAUCACAGCGGUUGCUCAGUGCCACAAUUCCUCAAUCCUCGUGUUGUGGCAUGCAGAGGGAAACACUGUGUACACUGCCACAGCAGAAGCCAGUGAUCACACCUACCUCUCCUGCAAUAAUACUGGCACUAGCUGCUACCUCCAUGGAGCACAGUGUGGCCUCCAUUACACCAUCAUUGUUGCCGCUUCAUCAGACCAGUGCAGCAGUCUGAGGAGUCCACCAUACAGAAUAAGCAUGGAGCCGUGUCCACCCAGUAACGUGGUGGUUGGGUCAACCUGUGCGGACGACAGUGCCCUGGUGUCCUGGAGCCCCUCUCUUGUAGCUGAAACAUAUCAUGUGGUCGCAAUGGGUGCAAAUAGACAUGUGCAUACAUGCAACACCACCUCUAGUAACUGCAGCAUAUCGGAGCUCCACUGUGGCCAGCAGUAUGACAUAUCUGUGACUGCCAGCCACGAGAACUGCACCAGCAAAGCCAGUCAAAACGCUACACUUAACACAGGUCCCUGCCAGCCAGAUGGUCUCUCAGUUAUUUCACACUGUAACAAUCAGUCCGCAUUGUUGUCAUGGACUCCCGGAUAUAACGCUGUGGACUACUAUGGCUGUGCCCAGGCCGAAAAUGGAGACAUGCUGUACUGUGAAAGCACAAAUCCCAGCUGCACCAUCCAGGGCCUUGAUUGUGGAACACUUUACAAUUUCACUGUUCAGGCCUCAGAUGGGACAUGCAACAGCUCCGUCAGUGACCCAGUGCAGAGUGGAGCAGCCCCUUGUCCCCCCAGACAGUGUUGA